ACACAACCUUCAAAACGAAAAACGCAAUAACUCCACAGCACAAGCCGGUGAAACCCAUUUUCCCGGCGUCGUCAACCCAUUUCUAACUCACCCUACCUCCUCUCUUUUACAUGAUCUUUAUCUCUUGAUCUCAACAUUUGGCUCUGCUUUUUCAAUUUUAGACGAUAUUGUACUUUUCUUUUUCAAAAAUGGGUUCCGAGCUUAUAUAUAGAGGCCAUGAGAGUCAGCCUGUUACAGAUUCGUAUCAACCUAAACGAAUCAAACCAUGGUUCGCCGUGACCCGACCCAUUCGGUACAUGCUCCGGGAGCAGCGUCUGGUGUUUGUACUGGUCGGCAUUGCUUUAGCCACUCUGUUUUUCAGUGUCAUCCCGUCGUCUCGUAACCCUGACGCUCACAACCACCUCGCGAUCUCUGAUUCGUUGUCUUACUACCCAGCGACGCAUGAGAGAAUUUACAACCCGCGCAUCGGGUUCGGGUCGUUUAAUUCGGGCGGGAAGGUGCCCUUGGGGCUAAAGCGUAAGGGUCUUAGAAUUGUUGUUACGGGUGGGGCCGGGUUUGUUGGUUCGCAUCUUGUGGACCGUUUGAUCGCCAGAGGUGACAGUGUUAUCGUGGUUGAUAACUUCUUCACGGGACGGAAGGAAAACGUGAUGCACCACUUUGGGAACCCAAAUUUCGAGCUCAUCAGACACGACGUCGUCGAGCCUCUCUUGCUGGAGGUUGACCAGAUCUACCAUCUCGCUUGUCCCGCAUCACCUGUUCAUUACAAGUUCAACCCCGUCAAGACUAUCAAGACGAAUGUGGUGGGAACAUUGAAUAUGCUUGGAUUGGCAAAGCGAGUGGGAGCGAGGUUUCUGUUAACCAGCACAAGUGAGGUGUACGGUGAUCCUCUUCAGCAUCCACAGAAGGAGACUUACUGGGGCAACGUCAAUCCCAUCGGUGUCCGAAGUUGUUACGACGAGGGAAAGCGAACAGCUGAAACGUUGACCAUGGACUAUCACCGAGGAGCUGGCGUUGAGGUUAGAAUUGCUAGGAUUUUCAACACUUAUGGGCCUCGUAUGUGUAUUGAUGAUGGACGUGUUGUUAGCAAUUUUGUUGCCCAGGCUUUAAGGAAGGAGCCUUUGACUGUCUAUGGUGAUGGAAAGCAGACAAGAAGUUUUCAAUUUGUUUCUGAUUUGGUGGAGGGUCUAAUGCGCUUGAUGGAAGGAGAGCAUGUGGGACCUUUUAAUCUUGGAAACCCUGGUGAAUUCACCAUGCUUGAACUUGCUCAGGUGGUCCAGGAGACAAUUGACCCCAAUGCUAAGAUAGAGUUCAGGGCCAACACUGAAGAUGACCCACACAAGAGGAAGCCUGAUAUCUCUAGGGCUAAAGAGCUCCUUGGUUGGGAACCCAAGGUAUCCCUGAGGAAGGGUCUUCCUCUAAUGGUCAAAGAUUUCCGGCAACGAGUCUUUGGUGACCAUAAGGAAAGUGGUGCCACCACGGCCACCACCUCCACCAAGACGUCAUCAUCCUAAGUUGGCGUGUAUACAUCAAGAGUGACAGGGAAAUGUUUGAUGCCAUACGAUUCCCUUAUUUUCAUUCUCUUGAACAAUAUGUUAGCAACAUCAACAGCAGCAGUAGUAGCAGAUGAGGCCUCUUGUUUCCUUUGAUAUAGGUUCGAAGUUAUCUUGAUUGGCGUAUGUUCCACUCGUCUUUGUAAUUUUUAUAUUUCUCCCCCUUCUAAACUUAAUAGACCGCGAGAUUUGAAACUACAAAAAUAACAUUAUAUCCUAUUCUUUUUUCAUGCAUCUUGGCCUGGUAGCGGCAGUAGCAAUAGAUUACCUGUUUCACU